AUGAGUAUGAAAGAUCGCUUUGAAAUUGUGCAGCUAAUUAAUGAGUGGAAUAGUACACGGUUGGAUUUGUUCAAAAUUAGUGAACCAAAUGAAGCAUUGGAUUUUUAUGGCGUUAUGCGUUUUUAUUUUCAAGAUGCUGAAGAUAAAGUAACAACAAAAUGUAUCCGUGUAGCUAGUUCAGCGACAACCGUGGAUGUUGUCAAAGUUUUAAUUGAAAAAUUGCGUCCGGAUAUGAAAACAUUACCAAAUGAAAAUGAUUAUUGUAUUUAUGAAGUCCAUCCAAAUGGCGAAGAAAGAAAGUUGAACAGCGAUGACCGGCCACUAUGCGUUCAGUUAACAUGGGGUAAAGAUCAGCGUGAAGGACGUUUUGUGCUACAAAAUGCAAAAAUUGGACAGAAAUCAAAGCCUGCCGGAGGAAGUUUUAAAGAACGAAGAAGUUCGAAACGCGAUUCGAAGAAAAAAAGUAAAACAAAGACAGAUGCUAGUGACGAAACGGCACCGCUUGCUUCCGUGGCUGAAUCAUUGUAUAAAUCUGUGCCAGAAACAAAUAAAUUUACACGUUCAUUAUCGAAUCCAGAAAUGGUGAAAAAGAUUCAACAAGAUCGUUUGAAACAAAAAUUUCUGAAAAUAAGUACAAAAGAAGGAGGUGGAACAAUGAAAGUCUUUGGUGAUGCAUUAAAUCCAUCGAUACCAUAUAAAACAUUUUUAUUAUCAAUUAAAGAUACAGCUGAAUGGCUUGUUAAAGAAAUGUUGGAAAAAUAUGGAAUGAGAAAUGAAGAUCCAGAAAAUUAUUGUCUAUUACAGAUUGUUGUGCCACCACGAGACCAAAUUGAUAAUAAAACUGUUGAAGAAGUUAUUUUACACGAUAAAGAAUGUCCAUUGAACAUAUGUUUAAAUCAUGCCCAAAAAUCAGAAGGCUCAAUCAUGUUUAAAGUUAUUAAGUGUCCACCAGAAUUUGUCAACAUUAGAAAAAAAAUGAGAGGACAAGAAACGUUUGAUGCACAAUCUUCAUUACAUGAUCGUACCAUUAACGAUCAGCUACCAUUUUUUAUUGAAAUUAAUACCGACGGUACCGAUGUGAAUACACCACGUGUAUUUAAAAUUGCGCCUAAUACCACACAUGUUGGCCGUGAUUCAAAAACAAAUGUUGGCAAACAAUAUUUCUAUAUCGAUGGUGUUGGUAUUGAUCGUGAUCAUUGUACAAUUCAUAAUCAGAAUGGUACUGUUACAUUGGCACCUAAGGGUGAAAUAUGGCUUAAUGGAAAAUUGAUUAAUCAACCAUUUGCAUUACAACAUGGAUGUAUGAUUUGUUUUGGACGUGCAGCAGCAUUUCGAUAUUUCGACCCGGCAUUCGUUUAUAAAUCAAAUAUGAGGACAACGACAAAUGCUUCGCAACAACAACGAAACUUUGUCGCUUCGCAGACAACCGAAAAGCAUGUAAAUCAUCCUCAUCAUUUCGGUCAUACAAAAUCAGCUGUAGUUGAUCCAAUGCACAUGGAUAUUUCUACACCAUUACAUGGAUCAAUGUCAGCAAUUUCAGCCGUAGUUCAACAGCCACAACACACCCAAUCUCAACAGAUUUACAGUGUCAAAUCUCAACAUAUGCAAAAUCAAUAUCCGAAGGAUACUUUAGCAUUGAAAAAGAAUACGAUUGAUGCACUUCGCACAAAAGAAUUAAAGAAAUCGUCGCAUAGUUCAACAACAAAUGUGGUUGAUGGCGGACAUUUGAUUGAUGUUUUACCGGGUUUAUUAGAAGUUCCUAUCGAGACCGAAACACGUUUUCUUCAUUCAAUAUUUGAAAAUCGUAAUCUAUUAAAUAUUGGUUUUCGUUUAUCACCCGUUUAUUGUUUAUAUAUGUCUUUGAGACAUCGUUUAUCACCAUAUGGUAGUAAAACAAAUAUACCAGUUAAUCAUAAACAAGAUAGUAUUGUAUCAUUAUUGUAUAAAAUCGAAAAUAUGAUUAGUAGAAAAAUUGAAGAAUGCCGAGAGCAUGGUGGUUAUUUAGCCUUUUGGAUAGCGAAUACAUCUGAAUUAUUAAAUUUUAUUAAACAAGACCGUGAUUUAUCUCGACUAUCUAAUGAUGUUCAAGAUCGUUUAGCUGAAUGUGUACAACGUUUAUUUCGUCAUUUAACAACAUUAGUACAAACUGAAUUAGAAAAAUAUUUAUGUGCUUUCUCAAAUCCACAAGAUGAUGUUGAAAGAGAUGUUUACAUUGCAUUUGGUAAAGUGAUCGACUUUACUUUUAUUUUUGUAAAACACUCAGUGAUUUAUAUCGUUUUAGAAGACAGCAGUGCAAAUAAUCCAGAAUUAUCUGAUUCUCGUUGGAUGGUUGAAAUGAAUGAUAAUGUUGCUGAACAUCCAAUAUCGUUGGCUACGUUAGGUGACAUUCUAGCUACAUUGUCAUCUGUGAUGGAUUUAUUGCGUAAAUGUCGUGUAAAUGCUGCUCUGACAAUUCAAAUGUUUUCACUAAUAUUUCAUUAUAUUAAUUGUUGGUUGUUUAACCGAAUUGUUUGUUAUUCAGAGUUGAAAUUAUGUACACAUUAUUGGGGUGAAAAACUAUCAUCACGCCUAUCUCAUAUUAGUGACUGGGCAUUGAGACAAGGUUUAGAAUUGGCAUCCGAUUGUCACUUGACAAAAGUAAAUCAGUUAUGUCAAUUACUACAAAAUUCAAAGCGUGAUCAAAACGAUGCAAGUUUAUUGGCAAAUGUAUCAUUAAAAUUAAAUUCAAAGCAAAUUAAACAAGUUUUGGAUAAUUAUAUACGGAACAGAAAUGAACCACAGAUAUCUACAAGUUUUACUCAAGCAGUUUUAUCUGCUGCACGGAAAUUCGUCGAUGACACUUUGUGUCGAGAAGGUGUACCGAUUCAUUUACAUGAGGAUCCAAAACUCAAUUUACCAUUUUUAUUACCCGAAGACGGUUACACUUGCGAUACGAUUCGUUCGAUUCCUCAGCCGUUAUUUGAAUUCAUCGAACCGAUGAGUAGAGAUGGUAUAUGUCGAUUAUUCACAAAUCCGCAUAGUUUUGGUUUGUGGACUGAAUUUAUGAAACCACUACCAGUUCAUAAUGAUGAUGAAUAUCUGCCACAGUCGCAUCAUCUUCGAUCAAUGAAUGGUAAUGGUCAAGUGCAGUAUGAUAAUAGUACUAUUCAAACAAUAAUGAUGAAUAAAAAAAAUAAUAGUUUGGGCUUGAGUAUCGUAGCAGCUAAAGGUGAAAAUCAACAAUUUCAAGGCAUUUACAUUAAAGCUAUUGUACCCGGUGGUGCUGCUGAAGAAGAUAGCCGUUUACAAGCUGGGGAUCAAAUUAUUCAAGUUGAUAAUGUUCUUCUUAUCGAUGUCACACAAGAUCAAGCUGCUGAUGCCCUAAAACAAUGUGGGCCUACUGUUACGUUAAAAGUAUUGAAAGAUGCUGCAUAUCAUCAAGGCUUAUCAGCUUUAUUAACAAAAUCGGUACCCGAUAAUCAUCAAGCAGGUACCCGAUUUUCAACUACCACUACACCACCGAACCAACGUGCUACAUUAUCGGUAGUUCCAUCAAUUCUAAAAGCAACAUCAAGUCAUGAGCGAUUACUUGUUGAUAACAAUCAUUAUCCUCAUCCGUUUGCAACGCCAGAUCAUCAUAUGAUGAAUACUUUACAACCCACUGUUCGUUCAUCGUCUACAAACGCUCUACUCAAUCAAAUGGCAAAUUCUUCUUCAACUGUUCAACAUCAACUCCAACCACCUAUUCGCCCACAGCAAAAUAAUUCAUAUGAAUAUGUUUAUAAUGCUAAAAGUUUAAAUCAGCCGCCGCCACAACAACAAGGAUAUAACAAUCACCAACGUUCAAUUCAAGCAGCUCGUUCUGUGCAGGCAUUAAUUGACGAAGAUGAAAAUCAAGACAACAUUAUGAGUCAUCAACGCCAUUCAAAUCCAAAUUUAGACAUAGAAUAUAAAACAUUAUUUAACAAAAAUCAAACAUUUGAUAUACCGAAAUCAGAACAACAACCAGAAGAUGAAGAAGAAAGUGAUGAAGAGGAACAACCCGCAGUUGGAGCAUUUGUUCGUCUGGCAAGUGAACGGCAAUCAUUUGGCGAAAACACAAAGGAAACAUUCAAUAAUCAUCGCUAUCCGUUUCGUCAAUACGAAGAUGAUGACGAAGAUGAUAACUACAAUAGUUUCAAACAUCAACCGUUACAUGUAAAUGCACAUCACAUGCCUAAAUCAAAUCAGUACACACAAGAUAAUGGUCAACAACAUCAACAACAAAUUUCUCCACUUACUAAUGGAAUGCGUCACUCAAAAGUGGUGCCGAUUAUAAAUCAUCAUAGUAAUGUACCAGCUACAGCCAAUCAACGACCAACGUUAGCACCAAAGCCAAAUACAAAAACAACAAAUGUACCGACAAUAAAACUAAGUAACUCUGUCAGUGAUGUCGACGUAGCUGGUAAGCAAUCAAAAACAACAUUAUCAACAUCUUCUGACCAGUUGGCUUGUUUAACGAACCACUCUAAUUAUAAUAAUAAUAAUAAUACAAAAUAUGACUCAGAAUGGAAAGGUCCUGUGAACAAUAGCGAUCAAACAUUUUUUCAACACCCAUCAUCACGAAAUUCGACUAAUACGCGAUUUGCUCUUCAUGAUGAUCAUCAAUCUGUACAAAAUCAACAUAUAUCAGCGCCUUUAUCAUUAUCACCUUUAUUAAGUUUAACACAAACAAAAUCAAAAUCGAAUUUGACUAAUAAUACUCAUGGUAAUAGUCAUCGACAGAAAAUAACUGAAUAUCGACUGAACCGUAUUAAUGAUUUACAAAAUAAACAUGACCGAACGGAACAAGAAGACAAAGAAUUAAGUAAUUUAAAAUUAGAAUCCGAAUUCGAUCGACGUGUAGAAGAAUUUCAUUUUCAUGGUGAUUCAGACGAAGAAUUUGAUUAUGCAUCGCAGGCUGUUCUGAGUAAUCCUAAUACUAAUGAUGGACAUUAUAUUCCGUCGAUAAAACCAUUUGUUUCGACUUCUAUUUUACCACAAACGCCGUUAAAUACUAACCAAACGGGAAAAUUAUCAAUGACAAAUGAAAUGAAUGAAUUUGAUGAAAAAUUGAAGCGUCGCUUAGAACAAUUUGAACAAGAGCGACAAGUACAACGGCAAAUAAUGACAAAAUUACAAGAAAGAAAAGAAGCUGAUAUUGAAGCUCAUCUACGCCGUGAUCGAGAUCGACAAGUACGUGUUGAUCGUGAUAUGCGUGAUUUAAAACUGAAACGUAUGUCAGAAGAAGAACGUUCGUUAGAAGCAAAAAAAGAACAAGCUCGAUUAUCAAAACAUGUGCGUUUACCUGGUUCUCCUCCCUCAUUACACGAUCAUGAACCUGCAAUGAAACACUCAACAUCAGCUAAUAACAUUUCACAUACAGCAGGAUCAGCUUCACCUUAUAUCACAACAACCUCAUCAGUCAAAACAAACGAUUCAUUGGCUACAGUUGUCAAUCGUGCACAAUAUCAAAUGGAUCAACAACAAAAGCCGUUGACAAAUAAAAUUUCGACAGAAAAACUAGCUAUCUCUCCCUCUCCUCCACCACCACCUCCAACUCGCGAUGUCUCAUUUGCUGUUGCAAGUAAUUUGAAAAAUACUUUCUUACAACGAUCGUCGACACAGUUAUCAUCAGCACAAUAUCUUCAAAAUGGACGAGAUCAUCCAUUACAUUGUGAAUUGAGUCCUCCGAUGCCGCCACCACCUCCUCACAUUUCUGAUCAAAGUUUACAACAAAUGACUAUUGAUAAUCAUGUCGUUGAAAUUCCAGUAUCUUCAUUAGAUGCUGUUGAACAUAUCACUGCUGAACUAGUUCGACGUGAUAAUCUAUUUAAUUAUGAUUCAACAACAAAUAUUCCUAGUGUUAUUGGUGCACAAGAGUAUUAUAUUGAUCCACGUACGCGUGCAAAAAAGGAAAAACAAUCACUUGUACAAGAUAAUAAAGAGAAUGUCAAUGAAACAAUGACAUUUACACAAAAAUUAAAAUUUUUUACACAAACAAAACAAAAUCAAAAUGAGGAUGGUAAUUAA